AUGGGGGAGAAAUCGUCUUCGUCUGGGCCGCCACUGUGCUUACAGGUGUUCUCCGCCAUUGCGCUCGUGUGUUUUGGUCUUUACUGCAUUGUGAAAGGAGUAUCCAUCGGCCUCUUCAACUGGUGGUACAUCCUGGGCGCCGCGUGUCUGCUGACCACCACAUUCGCUGCGUUCCGUGUGUAUGAGGGUGUGAGGAACAUCGCCAGUGUGUGUCUGCAGAUUGGCUACCCCACCCUCGCCUCCGUCCCUCACUCUGUUAUCAAUGGAUACAAGAGGGUCCUGGCUGUAGCCGUGGAAACCGACUACUCCUUCCCGUUGGCUGAGAAGGUGAAGGCUUACCUGGCCGACCCCACCGCCUUCGCUGUCGCAGCUCCUAAUGCUGAGGUGAAAUCUGCUGCCAAAGAGGAGGCGCCCAAGGACGAGCCUGAGGAGUCUGAUGGGGACAUGGGCUUCGGCCUGUUUGAUUAAACUGCAGAAUGAACAUC